AUGGACAUUGAUGCUCUUUCGGCCUACGAAUCCGGAAGCAGGAUCGAUAAUUCAGCAGAUACCAUUUCGUCGUUCAUUGCAAAUUGGGUGCAAAUCAAAUACUUCUAUUCGGAAGCUGCUAGUCUGGCACAAGAGCUCUGCGAGGAUCUCCUUGCCAGCAAUGCAAUUCGCGCAAUCGUCACUCAUCGAGUAAAACAAGGUCAUCGACUAGAAGCGAAGUUAAGUGCUAAAGAGAUUCGCGACGAUGUCGUUGACAUUGCUGGGGUGCGAAUUGCUCUUUACUUCCCAAGCGACAGAGAGAAGAUUGACAAAAUCAUUCACGACGCUUUCGCCGUGGUCAAACAUAAGAGCUUCCCAGAGCAGGAUAACAAGCGGAAUUCUGACUCAAUAUCCGUUGUUACGGAGAAGGUCUCCGAGUUCGAACAACGAUUCCAUGGCUAUUCGGCGGACCUCUAUCGCGUGCGAAUGAGGGUUGAGAACUUGGCUACGAAGAAGCUUCGGGACGACUUUCAGAAGACGAAUCCAGUAAUUGAGAUUCAGGUCGCAUCGGUACUGAUGCAUGCUUGGGCGGAGAUAGACCACGAUCUCGUGUACAAGACUUUGACCAGCGGGCCGGCUUCACAGCAAGAGCUUCGACUUCUCGAUGCCACGAAUGGCCUUGUGCACACUGGUGAAGUCCUAUUGCAGCAACUUCAGACGGCCAUGGACGAUCGAGUGGCAUAUCAAAACAAACCAUUCUGCGAACAGUAUGAGCUCUUGAGCUUCUUGCGAGGACAGAUCAAUAAGGCUAAAGGGUCAAUGGAACACUUGGAUGUUUUGCUUCUUGUAUUGAAGAUCACUGGCCUCGACUCGCCGUGGAGAUUAGGGGAAAUCCUCAAGGGGUUUGUUAUUCCGGCCAAGUCUAGCGCUCCUACCGCUCUCAUAAUACUGGAACACAUCCUCUGCCCACUCGGAGAGGAACAACGUCGCACAAACAACCUUUAUCUGCGGCCAAAGUCUGUAAUUGUCAAGGAUCUCGAAGUUGACACAACCAACCCCAAAUGCUACAAUACGGACGUCAAGACACGUGACAUAAUCCUAGAUCAGAGAGACAUCCUCGAGAUGACUGUGUCUGUUGCAGACAUCAUGCGCUUUCCAGAGAAGUUCAUAUUAGUUGUUGAGGGUAUGCCGCAAAGGUUCAGGAAGUUCUAUGCCCUCUACAACCUGGUCCAUUUUGCCACCGUCCGGCCCGUGAACAAAACAAACAAGGACAGUGAAAAAUGGCUGUGUGAGAUGUCGCUGAGGGAACUUGAUCCUCUCUGGACAUGGUUUGAGACUAACGACGAUGUUUUGUUCAGGGUGUCUCUGCUGCUAGCAAGGAUGAACGUUGAGGAAAUCGAUCAAGAGUUGAUCAAGCUGCGCCCUUCAAGUGGCUUCCAACGUCUGCCGUCCGUGUACGAGCCCAAUGCUAGAUAUAUGAGCCCAGGAAACAUGAGCCCUGGGAUUCCAGAAGGGCUAGAAACGCCGAGGACGCCGAAGUCUUCUCCAAAAGGUGGGAGCGAAAGGAGCCCACCGAGUUCUCAAUAUCAAGGGUCGUCACCGAAGUCUACUCGAAGGGGUGGAAGCGAACAGGCGCCAGAUAAGGGCGAUUGGAGGCCACCGACGGCACCAGACACAGGCGACGAAGAUGAGGAUGGGAACGAGGAAGACCCCUCGCCAAUCGUCAUUCCAGAACGCACGAGGAGGCCGUAUACUAAAUCAACACUCAAACCAGAUUCGAAGAGAAAACCAGACCGAAGAAAUGCUGCACCGGUACCUACAGAAGACAGGAUCCGUGAAGAAAGACCAGUCAACAAUCAAGCGAGACCAUCGCCAGAGAGAAGAACAUGUAAUGAAGCUGCCUACGCUGAGGACGAUUCCACGGAAGGUUCUGACGUAGAACCAAGCAAGCCAGUGGUGAGACUCCACCAGAAAAGUUCGCGGCAACCAUAUCGGCCACCAAAAUUGCCUAGGCCGAGGAAGCAGGAGAGAGAUUCUAUGCGAACCAGAGGAACAGCUUCUAUGCCUGGCGAAUCUGCAAUGCCUCGAGUCCCAGAAGUUCCCGAGCCUCCAGACGCAGGCCCCGAGGAGGACGCAGCUGAAGAAAUCCAACCACUGUACAACAGAGAUUACGAACAACACAUUCGGAAUGAGACAGCCUCCAUGCCAUCCAUGCCGGCAGCCAUCGACGAUACGAGGCCAAGACGCAGAGAUACAGGACGAUCACGGAGAAACGACUACAAUUGGGUUACCGAGCCAGCACUUUAG